GCAGUGUUUGAUCUGAUUUUCAGCGUGUGUGAAAUACUUAUGUAUUCUUUACAGCAUCUCAGUCCUUUCUAUAAGACAUAUUUUUUCCCCCACUUGGUUCCCAUGCUGCUCGGAAUAAUCCACGUUGCUUUAACUGGAAGCGUUUACACCACCAUUGCUGUAGCCGUAGAGAGAUGCGUCACAGUCUGUGCUCCAUUCACAAGUAUCAAAAUGUACCGUGGAGCUCUGUACAUAGUUCCCAUUGUCCUCUUCUCCUUCCUGUACAACAUCAACAAGUUCUACGAGACCAAAACAGUCUAUAAAGUCAACACAGACAACGAAACAUUACCCGCUAUAAAGUCAAAUCCUGACUUAGUCACCUUGUCAUACGUGGCAACCACUAGGAUUACUAACUGUAUUGUUAUGGGCCUGAUUCCUAUGGUUGUCUUGAUGCUUCUAAACUAUUUGAUCUACAAGGCAGUUUCUCAGGCACAUGCACAUCAUAACUCCAUCACUCAGGGAAAUGCGCACCGACGUGACUCAACAAUGGCGGCACUGCUCAUGGGGAUCGUCUUUGUUUUCAUGAUCUGCCACUCUAUCAAGACAGCUCUAAACAUCUUUGAAGCGUCAAAGGUUAUGGAAUUGUGGCCCUGCAGUAGCAGCCUGGCCUGGGGACCUAAACAAGAAGUUUUGUCAAUCCUCUCACAUAUCCUUAUUGGUCUAAACUCUUCAAUGAAUAUCCUUAUUUAUGUGUUCAAGGAUUUCAAGUUCCGCCAAGUUCUAGCCCAGUAUAUCUGUGGUAAAAAGGAAAACAAGAAUCAUGCCACCAGGAGAGGAGCCUCUAUAACAGCUAACACCACAAGAGCUCCGAUUUCUUCAUUCCCUCUCACAAACCUUACAACCAUCGGGGAUAUGGUUGAUACAGCUUCUAGCAACCAAACUGCUGAUAAUAGAGCUUCUAGCAACCAAACUGCUGAUAAUACAGCUUCUAGCAACCAAACUGCUGAAAAUACAGUUCUGCAACCACUGGCAACAUAUACAGAUACACAUCUAUAAAUCUAUACUGAUAAUACAGUUCUGCAACCACUGACAGUGUAUAUGUAU